CCUUCUUAUGGUCUAAUUUCUCGUUCGGGUGUUAUUCCCAUGGCUUCUUCUUUGGAUACAGUGGGGAUUUUGGCCUGCAAAGCCCAAGAUGCAAAAUCAGUAUUCGCCAUUAUUUCCCAACCCGACCCACACGACCUUUUAACAGUUGCAAGACGAAAAAAAACCCUUUCUCGCCCCAAAAAUAAAAUUGCAGUGGUGUCCGGAAUAGAAAAACACUUAUCAAGUGAACUAAACCAUCUUUAUCAUAAUACUAUCAAAAAACUGGAAAAGGUAGGAUAUACGACUGAAAAAAUAACGAUACCGAAAAAAAUACGAGAACAUUUACAAAUUACUUAUCUUAUUCUCUGUUCUAGUGAAUUAAUUAGUCAUCUUAAUUCGCUUCAAGGAGUCACUUACGGCUCUCAUGAAAACCUUGCCAUUACUCGCAAACGAAGUAAAUAUUUGGGAGAGAUAGUAAAACAACGGCUAUUAAUCGGCACUAAUAGCACUGCUCCACCGGCGGCUAAUUUUAAUCAUUCUUUUGCCGGAUUAAUAUCUUCUCAUUGGAGCGAUAAUUUAUUGCUUUUAGCCAAUUUCGCUGGUUUACCCUCUUUAAGUUUACCUAUUGGUUUUGUUAAUGAUUUGCCGGUUAGCAUUAAUAUAAAUAGCGGUUAUGGAAAUGACAAAAAAGUUUUGGAAUUGGCCGAAAAGUUGGAAAAAUAA